AUGGCUCUGCAGAUCGAUCGUGAGUCGGUUCCAGGAACUGAACAGCUCAUUGACGUCAAUCACAAGUUGGACAACGGCGAUCAUGUCGGACAGUCUGACAUUGUACUCAUCCCGAAGCCAACAAGCUGUGGAAGCGAUCCACUCACAUGGUCCAAUAGAAAGAAAUACUAUCAGCUACUUCUAGUCGCUCUAUAUGCCUGCGCCUUUUCAUUCGGUGAAAACACCCUUGGAGCGGCUUGGACUACUGUCAGUAAAGACACGGGUGUCUCUCUGACAAAUAUGAACGGCGGUAGCGCUUUGAACUAUCUUCUUCUGGGCUUCGUCAACAUUUGGUGGAUGCCCACUGCAAAUAUCUUUGGUCGAAAGCUAGUAUUCCUUGCUACAACGUGUCUUUGUCUCGCUACUGGCUUCUGGCUUGCCGCUAUUGCGGGAACUGUCCAAUGGAUGCUCAACAUGAUCGUAAAUGGAAUCGGGACAUCUGCCUACCAAGCCAUCAUUCAACUUACUAUCUUCGACAUGUUCUUUGUUCAUGAACGCGGUCGCAUGCUUUCGGUCUAUCUCUUUGCUCAGCAGCUUGGCUCCAUACUGGGUCUCAUCUCUGGUGGUAGCAUGUCAGAUACCGUCGGAUGGAGAUGGUCACAGAACAUCGUCGGCUUCAUCUUCACGUUUGUACUGAUUGCCUUCACGUUUACCUUUGAGGAGACACUCUUUCCUCGUUUCUUGUUCGCUAGAUCACAAUCGGCCCCACUCCCCUCGCAGCAGGAUGAAGAAGUAGCAGAGAAAUCUACUGAGAGAAAGAAGCUGGAACUCGGACCAGUUUCAAGCCAGGUCAAUGGCGUUGUUGAUGACUUUCCCAAGCGAUCUUACCGACAGAUCUUGAAACCGUGGGUGCGAUAUCCUCAAAACAAAACAACUUUCUGGCAAUAUUUCCGUCGUCCCUUUUUCCUUUGGGGCUUUCCCAACGUCGUGAUUGCCGCGUUCAUAUAUGCGUUCGGGGCCACCGCCGGAAUCGUCUCCUUCAACACCAUCUCCGAGAUCCUGACGGAGCCGCCUUACAACUUUAGCACCACCAAUACCGGUUUUGUCUUCUUCGCUGCUUUAGUAGGAGACGUCAUCGGUUGGUCUAUUGGUGUGCUAAGCGAUCAAGUCGUCAUUGCGUUGGCACGAAGAAAUGGUGGCGUCAAGGAGCCUGAGAUGCGGCUCUACACGCUUGUUCCUUGCUUCGUCUUCGCCGCCGUUGGCUACAUGCUUUAUGGCUGGGGUGCUCAGACGGAAGCUCACUGGAUUACCAUCGCCAUCGGUAUCGGCGCCAUGAUCUCACAUCAGGUUGGGGCUUGCACGAUUGCCACUGCAUAUGCGAUGGACUGUUUCCCUGGAAUAUCUGGAGAGCUAGUCGUUGUACUGGCUAUGUGCUCCUCAAUGGUCAAUUUCGCCAUCUCGUACUCUGUCCAGCCGUUUAUCGAAGUGGCCGGCUAUGGUUGGACUAUGACUUGCUUUGGUAUCAUGGUCUUGCUGUCGGUUGUCGCCGCUCUUCCUCUCGUCGUUUUUGGAAAAAGAUGGAGGGCCGCCAAAGGGCCGAGAUACUACAAGUUUUUGGAUGAGGUUGGGGGUUACACCGACUAG